ACACAUGCGGCAGGUAGUUAUCAGCUGCUCUGCCAUUGGUUUUGUAACUGUUCCAGUAAAUAUUUAAAAUAUAUAUUAAAAUCCGUAAAAACAAGCUAAAAUGAUGCGCUACGAGGGAAACGAGAGGCUGGCGGAUGAGACAGCAUGUGCGGGAGUGCGGGCAGACCUGAAGAUGUGCCUGCUAGAGAGCGAGUGCUGCCGAAUGGGCAAAACUCCGCGCCAGUGCCUCCAGGACAACAACGUGCCACCAGAGUGCCAGGUGCUUCGCAACACCUUCUACGAGUGCAAGCGCUCCUUGCUGGACAACCGACAGCGCUUUCGCGGUCGCAAAGGCUACUGAAGUUUUAACUUAAAUUAUAUUUCUAAGAGCUUAAAAUACAAAAAAUUACACACAUAA